UCGGUGAAGUUGUGUUAAACUGACGUCAAUUUAUUUCAAGCUUUAAUAUCAAUAUGGCCGCUGCCAGAGCAGGAAAUCCAUCAGUAUUGCAAAAAUAUUUUAACGCCUUUCGAGGCUGGUAUUUAAACGCCUCAGGAUACAGAGCAUUAGGAUUAAGAAUCGAUGAUCUUCUAAAAGAAGAAGAUCCUGAUGUAAAAAAUGCAGUUCAAAGGUUAUCAGAGGAGGAGUACAAUUUACGUGCUUUUAGAAUAAAGAGAGCUAUGGAUCUCAGUUUGAAGCAUCAGAUAUUACCAAAAGAUCAAUGGACUAAGCCUGAGGAGGAUGUAUUUUAUUUAACUCCGCUUGUUGAGGCUGUUACAAAGGAACGAAAAGAACGCGAGAGCUUGGAUCGAGUAUAAAUAACUACUUAGACAUGUAAUUAAAAAAUGUGUGGAAUUAGAAAUCAGCACUUUACUUGUAAAAAAGAUUAUUAAAUUUUCGUAAAAUACUAAA